CCGCCGUGAACGAGAGGGGAACCAUUGUCGCCGAGUCAGAAUCUGACCGGAGCCUCUUCGGUGCCGCACGCUGUCAAAACAGAAAUCGGCAGCAGUGCAGAAGCUACCAGAUCUGGUGGAAACUUUAAAUAACUGCAUCCAUAAGAGGAACAUUAAGCUGGUUGUUUCUGGUAUGGAUGGCUCGGUGAUGGAGGAGGAGGAUGACUGCCCGGAGCUGGUGCCUAUCGACCCCCCGCCGCGUCCCGCUGCAGAGCAGAUACCUGUCACCAUCAUCACGGGAUACCUGGGUGCUGGAAAGACUACACUCCUGAACUAUAUCUUAACAGAACAACACAACAAGCGGAUUGCUGUCAUCCUCAAUGAAUUUGGAGAGGGCAGCGCCCUGGAGAAGUCCCUCGCUGUGAGCCAGGCGGGCGAGCUGUAUGAGGAGUGGCUGGAACUGAGAAACGGCUGCCUCUGCUGCUCCGUCAAGGACAACGGUUUCAAAGCCAUCGAGAACCUGAUGGAGAAGAAAGGAAAGUUUGACUACAUCCUGCUGGAGACCACAGGGCUCGCUGAUCCAGGAGCCGUGGCCUCCAUGUUCUGGGUCGACGCAGAGCUCGGCAGUGACAUCUACUUGGACGGCAUCGUCACUGUCAUCGACGCCAAGCAUGGACUUCAGCAACUGACCGAGGAGAAAGCGGACGGACUCGUCAAUGAAGCGGCCAGGCAGAUUGCCGUCGCUGACCUGACCAUCAUCAACAAGACGGACCUGGUGAAUGAAGAGGAACUCGCUCAAAUCCGAGAGGCGGUCAGGUCUGUAAAUGGUCUUGUCAAGAUUCUAGAAGCCCAGAGGUCAAAGGUGAAUCUCUCCGAAGUGCUGGAUCUGCAUUCCUUCGACAGUAAAGACGGAGCCAAUCUCGCGGAGAAGCUCCAGCUGGUGAAGGACACGAGGCCACACCUGGACAAGAGUAUUUUAACGGUGACGUUUGAAGUGGCCGGGAAUCUCUCUGAGGAUGCUCUGAAUGUUUUCAUCCAGGAGCUCCUGUGGGAGAAGAUGUUCAAAAACAAAGAGGGGCAACCCAUGACUGUCAUCCGGUUAAAGGGCAUCGUGUCCUUUGCAGGUAAAGCCCACCAAGUGAUGCUGCAGGGGGUCCACGAGCUGUAUGACCUGAAUGAGACUCCACAGCUCUGGGAGGAGAACUCGCGGAUCAACCGGCUGGUCUUUAUAGGUCGGAACCUGGACAAGAAGAUUCUGCAGGACCAGUUCAUCUCGACCGUGGUGGAAGGAGCACAGGGGAACUAGACACACACACACUUAUUUUCCCUCUGCAUCGAAAACCUGAUGAUUCUGCACGUCGUGGCUUUUGACCAUCCGUAACCCUGGCAACGCGUCUCAGACGUUUCCUCUUUUUCCUCAGUGGACGGUUUACGGUGACGGCAGUUUUCAAAUUGUGAUAAUCCAUCAUAUCUGUUUUAAAAGCUACAGCGUAUCACAAACUGUGUGUGUGUGGUAGUGGUGUUCGAGCUACAUGCUUUUGCAUUUUUGCUCAUGGACUCUGACAUGUGAGAUGUGUUUCUCUCAGAAAGACGGCGGUGUAAAAUCUACCAUUGUGUUCAGUUUGGGAUCCCGAGUGUUAGAAGUUGCAAAGUGACGCACAUAAUGUAUCAAGUGUGGUACAAGACUACCUUGUAAACAAGUUUCUGGCUUUUAACUUCCUGUAUUUUUUUAAUUAUUCAAAAUAAACAUAUUUUUUCCUGAA